CAGAAACUGAACUAACGACUUCAACAUCUUAUAUAAGAACCUGAAAGCAGUAUUCUUCUCACACUACAAUGUAUACAUGUCACUGUAGUGGAGAUUUCAGCUCUAAGAGCAAAGAUCUUCGCCAUAUAAAGUUGGCUGGAUCAUGUAAAAUAAAUUCAUAUUGCCCAGCUUUCAUAUCUGUAAAAAGUUGUAAAGAGUCAGGCCAGUUGCAUGUGAAAUAUUUUCCUACGUAUGUAGGACACAUAUUUGAAAUAAAACAUUUUCGGUUGUGUGAAAGAGAAAAGGAGAAGAUAGCUGGUCAAUUGAUUACAGGAGUCCGAAUUUCAAAUAUUUUAAAUAAUAUUGCAGGCAUAUCUUCUCCAACUAAGCAUUUGGCAGUAACAACUGCUCAGGAUAUUAGAAACAUUGUAAAAAAGUAUCAAAUAAAUGGAGACACCAUUAGAAAUGAAAAUGAUGUUCUCUCUGAUGAAGCAUGGAUAUAUGAAAUGUUAGUAUUGGAUCAGAAUCCAAUAUUAAUGUAUAAAUUACCAGGUGAAGGCAGUUCUGAAUUUCCUGAUUUAGAAAAAGAGGAUUUUAUUUUGGGCUUUAUGAAUGAAGCCCUGGAGGAAUUGUUUAAAAUAUAUGGAAAUGAAGUGUUGUGCAUUGACUCUACUCAUGGUACAAAUAAAUACAACAUUCAACUGACCAGUCUGCUAAUUAAAGAUGAUAAUUGGGAAGGCUUUCUUGUUGCUUUUUUGUGGAAUAACAGGCAACAUGAAACAAUUUUUAAAUAUUUUUUUCAAAAAGUAAAAGCUUGGGUUUUAGACAUAAAAGUUAAUGCUUUUAUGUCUGAUGAUUAUAAAGCCUUCUAUAAUACUUGGUGUUCUAUUUUUAGUAAACCAAACUUCUAUGCUUUAUGUGACUGGCAUGUAAAAAGAGCACUAAAGAAAAGUUUAACAUCUGGAGCAACUAAAAUAGUAAAUGAAAAAAAUCCCUGAAAUUUCAAAUAGAUUAUAUGAGCUGAUUAACGAAACUGAAGAAGCCACAUUCAAAACUUUAUUAAAUAUAUUUAUAUCUAAAAUUUUUUCAGAUGCCGACACAUAUAAUUUUGGUUGUU